AUGCCGCAAGGUUUAUUGCAUUAUUCGCCUGAUUCAAUGUUGGCUCAACGGUUUGUGAUUUUUCCUAUUAAAAAUAAUAAAUCGUAUAGAAAAUUUCAGAAGAAAAUCAGUGGUUCGUUGGUAUGCAGAGCCGAAAAAAGCAUUAAUCUGCUUAUUGAUUGGAUGUUUAAGUGUAUAUUUGAUAUUGUAUAUUUAUGUUUUGCCUGGGACUGUUGUGAUUGAUGAGCAUUAUGCGAGAGGAGUUAGCGAUCAUCUUGUUGAAAAUAGGUUAGUAAAUAUUGACAUAUUGUUUACAAUUUUAUUAGAUUAUUAGAUAUCUUUGUUUCCUUUUGCAAAUAGUAGCCAUUGAGUUUGAAAAGAAAUCUUGAAAUGAUUGCUCACAUUAGAAUUGAACCUAUCAAAUUUUCCACCCAAAUUCUCUCAAUUUUUUUUUAGAGUUGGACUUCAUUCGGUAACUGUGGACGAGGAAUGCUCAACAAUUUCGAAAGAUUGUUUCCGAGUUGUUGACAAAAAAAUUGAGCUUGAAAAUGGAGGAGAACUUGUUGAGAGACAUAUUCUACUGGAAGGUUUUGGUGAAGAUUCGGAUAGUGUUAAACGAUUGAUUCCCCAACCGGGUAUGACUUUUGAGAAUUCGGAUAGUCGAAUGUGGAAAGUGGAUCAUUUAACAAUACGAGUUCAAUAUGUGAGUUUUUGAUCGAUGAGGGGUUUUAUGAAAUACAUUAUAUGAAAUUGAGAACUCAAUCCUAAGCUGAGCUCUUCGAAAGCAAUAUUCUCCUUCUUGUAUCCAUGUUUCCAGAUUGCCGCUCUAUUAGUCUCACCAUUCUUGGUGUCAACUCUUUCUUUGGUGGAUGAAGACAACAAUGGAAAAACUGUGCUAGAAAUUGGUCUAGGUGGUGGAAGUUUAGAUAUGUUUCUUCAUACAAUGAAUCCAAAUGUGAGCCAGAAAUGUAUCAGGAAUCUCUUACAUCCACAAUUUUUCUAGAUAAAUAUCACGGCUGUGGAAUUGGAUCCAGUGGUAGUAAAAAUUUCUCAAAAAUGGUUUGAUGUUGUUGAAAAUUCAAAAAGAAAAACACUUGUGGAGGAUGGAUUGAAAUUUAUUGACAAGGAAGCGGAAAAUGGUAAGCUUUUCAAUAAAAAGUAAUGAAAAAUGAAAGAAUUUUCAGAUAAAAAAUAUGAUGUGAUAUACCUAGAUGCUUGCGAUUCAUCACACAUUCUUCCAUGUCCAUCAAAAAUAUUUCGCAACACAAAAACCUAUGAAAAUCUCUAUAAAAUUGUAAAAGAAAACGGGGUGCUAGUCAUCAAUAUUUUGUCAUAUAAUCAGGAAAAAGAUGAAGCUGCGGAGGUGGGUUCAAUAAAAAUAAAAUAAUAAAAAUAUGUAGAAUGACAAACUCAAAAUAUUUUUUUUUCUAUGUAUUUUUUUUGGAUUCUCAAAACAAAAAAUUGUUGGAAUGUGUUUUCAAUUCCCAUAAUUUAUGUUGUUGGGAAAAAAUAAAAACAUUUAUUUUUUUGCAGAUCAUAAAAAUGCUUAUGGAAAACUUCAGCACGUGUAUUAGAGUCACACUUCAGUCAGAGGUAAAUUCCAGUAAUUUUUUUUAGGAUAAUUUUAAAAAAUCCGAGAAGAAGGUUGAUCUCGGGAAAACAUUCGCAACCUUGGCGCUAAUUUGCGACUCGAUUUUUCGUUGGCGCAGAAGUGCGACCGUUUUGAGCGAAUGUGCGACACUUUUUUUGGUCGCAGUCGUUGGCGCAGAUCUGCUUAAAAGUGUCGCUAACUAUUUCAAAACCUGCGACACACUCUCUCGAAAACUCGAAAUUUGAGAAAACGGUCGCAACUCAUUAGCAGAUUCGCGACCGCGGUCGCAAAAUUAGCUCACUCGUUGCGACACGUUGUCGCAGAUUCGCUGAAAAUGGCCGCAGAUCUGCGCCAACAUGUCGCGAAUCCAGCGAAUCUCUGCCCGAGAUGUUUGAAAAAUGAAGGAUAAUGAAAGUCGAUACAUUUUCUAGAGUCUUUUUUUAAAUUAAUUUUAUUUUUACGAAUUCCAAGACUUCUGAAAUUUAAAAAUUAAAUUUUAUUUAAUUUAUUUCAAUUGAAUUUUUGAAUUCCUUUCAAAAUUUUCAUUUCUAUUCAUAAGGAAAACUUUGAUUGUCUCCAAUAGCCCAAUUUUUAUCCAACACUAAUCAUUUUCCAGACAAACAUAAUUGCCAUUUGCACCCGCCAUAUAAUAUCAGCCAGUGAUUCAAACAUCGAUUUUUUGAAACGUCGAGCUUUAGCAGUCACAAUGCGCCUGGGUCUUCAUGAUAGUCUUAAAACCAUCACAAUUAAUUAACCAUCUGCUUUAAAAAUUUUUUUAGUCUCAAUUUUUCACGGGUUCUAUGCUUCUACGAAUGAAAAAUCAAAAAUAAAUAUUACGUAAUUGAUAAUCAGGUUUAUUAUAGUUUUUUUCUAGCGCAACCAUCGAAUGAGGAGAAGAAAAACGACGCAUAUACGUAUACAAAAUCCAGAUUUUGUUAUGGGAUGGGGUGGCGCAAUAUUCAAGUUUUCUUGGUUGGUUUCAAAGUGUUUUUCUUCUUUUUCUCUCUUUCUUUAUUGUUACAUUCAUUGCACUAUAUAUUUAUCCUCAACCAAAAAAAGGAUAAUUUUUUGUCUCUCUCCAGAAGAAAAAAGAUACGGUAGCCGGUUUGUGUUAUGCCAACCAUUUUUUCUUCCACCCUUCGGUGAAAAAGAAGAAGUUCAUUUUUAUCCACUUUUCUUUUUUCUUCCGAUUUAUCAUAUAAUUUCAUCUAAAUUGCCAAAACUUUCAGUUUUUUUUUGUUUCUCUUUUCGUUUUUUUUUUCGCUGUUGCUUUUCUUCCAAGUUUUAUCAAAUUCAGGCAAAUUAUCCGUUUUGAUGUGGAUAAUUGGUUUAGUUUUACUAAUACAUUUGGCACAUGAAAAUGUGGUUUCGGCUAAAACUUUUAUGACAAAUGAAAUCUCAAUGCCAUUUGAUGCCAGGAAAAAAGUUCAGGUUUGUGAAUUAGCAAGAAAAGGCCUUUUUUGAAAAAUGAAAAUUGUUUCAGAACGAUAUUCCUACAAUUAUUUGGAACAACCAGAGCCCUCAACCAAUACCAAAUCGAAUAAAAUCAAGUAGAUUUGAAAGAUUGAGAGGUGCUGAAGUUUUGCCAAUCCAAGUGCGCCCAGCGGUUGUUGAAAUCCCAACUUCUCCAAAAAUCGAAGUAGUUCCCGCAGCUCCGGAAUCUUCUCCAAUUGAAGUGGAAAAAUCAGAAGUCGUACCAUCAAAGAUAAUUGAAGUUGAAAAAGAGAUUGAAACACCUGAACCAAAACUUCAUGAGCACGAAGCAAGCGUUCGAGAAGUUUCGAUUCAUGAAGCUAGACAAUUUGUAGCCGCAGCUCCUAUUGAAGAAGUUAAACCUGCCGCAGUGACUUGGGGAUCACCUCCCAUCGAUUUUGCCUCGGAAGUUGUGCCAACUGAAGUUGCUGAAUUUGAAGAAGCUGAAAUUGUUCCAACUAUUCCUGAAAAUUAUGCAAAGAUUCCAGAAAUUGAAACCCGAGAACCAAUCAAACAAAUUUAUCCAAUUUCUGAGAAAAGUUCAAAAUUUUCUGAAGUAGAAGAAGCGACUGAAGAGCCGACAACUACGACAAAAAAACCAAAGAAGCUGAAGAAGAGAAAGGUACUUUUUGUCAAUAUUUUGAAUUUCUGUUGUUUGAAAGUUUGAAGUUCAACUUUAAUUCAAUAUCAGAUAAUGUUCUGGCUAAUAGUUUUACGCUUGCUUAGCUAAUGUGAUUUAAAAAUGAGAUUUCAAAGUUCCGGAAGUUUUUAAUUUGAGAAAAAUGAGGGUUAGGAUGUUAUUUUGACUUGAUUAUUCAAUUGAAAAAAAAAGAAGGUAUAUGUUGGAAACAUUUUCCGGCUUCCUCCAGUUGUUAUUUUUAUGUUUUCUAACAAAAAUCCCUUUUAUUUCCAGAGAAAGAACCGAAAAACCACCACAACUACCACCACCACAGUAACCCUUCCAAUCACAACAACCACAGUUGAGCCGACCACAGUUGAACUAACUACAUUUGCACCAACCACAGAAUCCACAACACCAUCAACAACUAGCACCACUUCAACGACUGUAAGUUUCUCCAAAUCCGUCUUAAAAAGUUUUCAUUGUUCUCGAGAACAAAUCUAUGUACAACUUGUUUUUAAUAGCCCUGCUAUCACAUUAGCAGCAUCAUUUUUAAUGGACCGGAUAAUAAUGUUUUUUUUAGAAAAAACACAUUUUUAUAGCCUAAACCAUUACCAAUAACAACAAUAACAAGUUUACCUGCAAUACAAAUUCAAACAUUAUCGAAACACGGUGAAAGUUAUUUGGGUGGAUGGAAUGAGGAGAUCAGCAAAAAUGAUAAAUCUACCCUGGGGUGCGUAUUUUUUUUUUGUUUUUGAAAAAUAGAACAACAUAUAAUUUAUCUUGAAUUUUAGAAAUAUCAUGAAUCAACUCUCGGAAGUUCCAUCAUCAAUCUCGUUGACUGAUGAUGAAGCAGUUCGAGCGUAUUAUAAAAAAUAUUAUGAAGAAUGGUACAGGUGAGAUUUAGCAAGUUUUUUUCUUAGCCGAUGAAUCAGGCAUGUGAUAAGAAUUCGGGAAAAAAGUUCCUGGAAAAACAAAAAAAAUAAUCAAAAGAUGUGAUGUCAUUUAUUGAUAAUUGAUAUUAUUUAGUUUUGCCACAUCACAAGCAGAUUACUGAAGUUUGCAAAUUUAUGUAUUUGUGUUUGUAAUUGGAAUGAUUUUAAAAAAUAGGAGUGGCACAGAUUGAAAAAAGCGUUUUGAUAUUUCAGAAAAUCAGUUUCAUUUGACAAAAAUGUCACUUGUUUUUAGGAUAUGCAAGUUUUCUGAAAAAAAAGUUUAAAAAAAUUUUUUCAUCUCUAAAAAACACUGUUUUUAUUUUGUCAACCGAAAUCAUUCCCAAACUAUUUUGUGAAAAGUUUAUGGUCGAAACAUUUUCAACAAUUUUCCGUUUUGAAAGCAAGUUUAAAAAUGUUUGUGAAUAAAUCACGAAUUUUAUCAAAACUGUAUUGAUAAAUCACUAAAUUUUGAUAUAAAUUCACAUUUUUCACACAAAUUUUUUAAAUUCAAAGACUUGGCUUCAUCCUUGAGAAAAAAACGUGUUCCAUGACUUUGAUCUAUUUUUGAGAUAUAAUUUUAAAAAUCAGAUACCAUAGUUCAAAGAUGUUUUUUCCAGGCAACACAAUAUUGCAAUGCCUACUGAAGUUCCCUCGGAAGUUGUGACAUCUGCAACCCCUCGAAAAAUCAGUAUCCAACUAGGCUCAAGAAAUCAAGCAUCAUCAAGUAACACCGCGGCGGCUUCAAACCCAUUUGUGAGUCAUAAAAUGAUCAAUACCAAACAAGAAUCUUUCAUUUUUUUUAUCAUUUAAAAGCAAGCAAUUAAAACGUUUUUAUUGAACAAAAAAGUGACAAUUUUUCGUAGGGUAUCGACAGCAAUUCAACUGUACCGACAAAAGAACAAUUGGUGAAAAUUUGUGAAUAUGUGGAGAAAAUCUCGAAAUCUUUUGGAAUCAAAGAUCCUGUAACAUUUGCCAAAAACAAUUGUGCAUUUGUCAAAAAUUUCCAUCCAAAUGCAACUUGUGAACAAGUUCAAGAAGUGAUGGCAUAUUGUUCAAGUCGUGUAUAUUCAGCAGAGUCAUGA